AUCAUUUUCAUGCUUUGCAAUCGCAACAGAUUCAUUUUUGUGGUAAUGAGCAUCAAUGCCAAGAAGAUUGUCAAGAGUUAGGUAUUUGCAAAGUAUUAACUGAACCGAGAAAACAAGAAGAAGUUUAUCAAGGUUUAGUUCAAGGGACUUCCAUUACAUUUACUAAGUAUAUUCAAUUGAGUGAAAGAAUUAAAUGCUGCAAGAAAAUUCCACCCAAUGCCUUUCAUCAUGAUGGUAAACAUACUCAUGAUGAAGGCGGCUUUCAUUAUUGCGACGCCCAAUGUCAACUUUGUGAAUACUAUUGCAUUUUACCUUAUGGACACCCACAAGCGUUACAUGAGACCAAACAUGGAAAUAUGAUUCAGACAGAAUUUACUUCAGAAGAAAAAGAAUUCGAAUAUAGAGGCCAUAAACUGAGAGCAGGUGAUCACGGAACAUUUGUACUUUGUAACUUGGAAUUUGGACGUCAUCGUCAUAUAGAUUAUUGUCAAGACGCUUCAACAUGUAAACCCAGUGCAAAUAAGAGACAUAUUGAUGUCACUGUUGAACCUCAUCCGGAAAAGCCAAAAGAUUAUAUUUCUCAUAAGCUUUUUUGGGAGCGUACAGGAUUUAGGGAUCCCUAUACAGUUCAAGAACAAGAAAUGUUUGAAAAAUGUGAUCAUGAGUGUGCUGAUGAAAUACAUCAGCCAACGAAAGGAUCUAACAUUAUACCUAACAGAUCAUUUUGUGAAUUACCGUUGUUUCAUGCACCUCUUAAAUUAUCUGAUGCACCACCAAAUGGUAUUGGAUAUAUUUCUCUUGGUGGACAUCACUUUACAUGUGACAACCCUGCAAAAAAAGAAGGCUCAUUUCAUAUCAUUUUUACAAUUGACCGAUCUGGGUCUAUGAGUAGUAGUGAUAAAAAACCACUUCCAAAUACACCUGUUUAUAAUCUUUUAAAAGGACAGCAUGAAAACAGGACAGGUGCUGUAUAUAGUGCUGUUUAUUCAUUUAUGGAAGCAAGGCUGGCCGCACAAGCAAGGUCACAAUUACAAUCCACUAAUAAGGAUACUGUAUCACUGAUUCUUUUUAAUGGUGAAGUUAUUGUGCCAUUUGAGAAUCAUGUGUUGACGGAUUCUAAGAUGAUGCUAAAUCGGAUGCUGCCACAUUGUGCUUGGGGUGGGACUGACUUUAAUUUAGCAAUUCAAAAAGCAGGUAGUUUAAUUAAUAACUAUUUUGAUCCGGCAAGAGCGAAUGUAAUUAUAUUUCUUUCUGAUGGUGGAUGUAGUACACCGAAAAGUCAGCUUGAACAAAUUUGUAAAUAUAAUAGUGAUAAAGGAAACCCAUUAUAUCUUAUAACUGUUUUAUUUGCCGGUGGAAGUGACAGUCCUUCUUUAAGAGAAAUGGCCGAGAUUGCUGGCCGACAUAAUCCGGCAAACAAGAUUGGAAAUGCUUUACGUUGUCACUUUACUAGCGCUAUGACUGAGAUUAAUUUAGUCAAUACAUUUACUGGUGUUGCAGAAAGUUUGAGAGCGCAUAAUCCUUCGUUGAUGAAAAAACUUUAG